AUGGCUGUAGUCCCUGAGAAUAAUGUAAUGCGAUAUUGCUCGUUGACAUUUACAAUUAUUGGAAUGGCACUGACUACUACAUCCCUGUUCACAGAUCAUUGGGUAGACGUGGAGGUAAAAAAUCCAAAAGGACAUGACCUUUAUCUACACCGAGGAUUAAUGCAAUGGGUUUGCAUAAACCAGAAAGAUAUAAGUGACCGAAACUGCAUUGCAAAAUAUCCACUUUUUCCUGGUUGGCUCAAAUCUGUAUUCACGUGUAUGUGCUUUGGGUUGGCCAUGCAAUGUCUCUUAUGCAUGUGCGCUAUCGUUUCCUUGUUCAUCAAAAGCGGAAAACAUUACCUUUCGGUUGUUUGCACCGCACUAUCGUUCACAGGAUUCUUACUGAUUACGGUUGCAAUUGGUAUUUUUGGAGGACAAGCGAAACCAGUUUAUUUUGAAACGUAUGUUUACGAUGGUCUAACAGUAUUUUGCCAUCUUGGUUGGUCAUAUUGGCUUACUAGGGAGUGUUUUAACUAUGUGGUGCGAUCGGGUAAAAGUAAACGAGUUAUGCGAUAG